ACCCCCCCCUCCCUCCUUUCCCUUCUCUCUCACUCUCUUUCUCUCUCUCUAGGAUACAGACACAUUUCCUCUUGACUGCACAACAAAACAAACCUCCCCUCGCUUUCUCUCGAAUUUUCUGCACUUCUCCCUCCCCUAUACACGUACAACACCCCCCUGUAUGUGUACAUCACUUGUAAAAUCUGUAUAAUGAAGACUUUUGUCUGGUUCAGGCCGUUUGAUUUGUUGUUCUUUGUUACUCCGAGCAAUGGAUCGGUGAAUGAGUGACGGAAAUGAUAAACUCGCAGAUCUUCGGUGGAAGCUUGGGUUUUUGGGGUCAGUGCUCUUUUACGAUCUUCAUUCAGCUGACGGUUUCUUUUGCAGAUACGGACAGUUGUUUGAUUGAAGUAUCGCAGUGGGCUGGAGCUAUAAAAAUCUAGUUUCUCUACCACCUCAUUGGCUGCUGCUGUACGAUAUAAGAAUAUGAAGGGCAUGAGUAAAUUAUCUGUCGAGACUGAGGAUUCCUUUUCCAGUUUGCUUGAAUUUGCUGCCAAUAAUGACAUUGAAGCUUUCAGGAGAUCCAUUGAGCUUGAUUUGUCUGGAGUUGAUGAGGCUGGACUUUGGUAUGUUCGCAAGAUAGGUUCAAAGCAGAUCACCCAGGACGAAAGAACACCACUGAUGGUUGCUGCUACUUAUGGUAGUGUUGAUGUAUUGAAGUUGAUAGUUGCCCUACCAGAGGUUGAUUUGAAUAGAUCUUGUGGCCAGGAUAAGUGGACUGCUCUUCAUUGUGCUGCUUUUGGCGGAUCUGUUAAUGCAUUUGAUGUUGUGAAGCUGCUGUUAUCUGCUGGUGCUGAUCCAAAUAUUGAGGAUGCAAAUGGCCGGCGCCCAGUUGAUGUGAUUAUAGUUCCUCCAAAGCUUCCUGGCGCUAAAGCUGCACUUGAGGACUUGCUUAUGAACAGUACUUCUGAUGGCUCUGUCGUUGAUUGUAAUUUACAUGUCUCGAUUUCCACUUCCAGUGCAUCUUCUCCGGUUUUAUCAUCAUCUCCGUCUCCAGGAAGUAGGUCUCCAUGCUCCCAAUCUGAUACUGUAUCUUCUCCUACUGCUGCAAAGUUCAGUGAUGUUCCUGCUAAUUCUGUGUCAGAGAAGAAACAAUAUCCCGUGGAUCCAUCUCUUCCUGACAUUAGAAACAGUAUCUACUCAACUGAUGAGUUCCGUAUGUUCUCAUUCAAGGUCAGGCCCUGUUCGAGGGCCUAUUCUCAUGAUUGGACUGAAUGUCCUUUUGUUCACCCUGGAGAAAAUGCCCGCAGGAGAGACCCACGGAAGUACCAUUACAGCUGUGUCCCAUGUCCUGAUUUUCGUAAAGGUGCUUGUAGGCGUGGGGACAUGUGCGAGUACGCACAUGGUGUGUUUGAGUGCUGGCUGCACCCUGCGCAGUAUCGAACAAGGCUCUGCAAGGAUGGCACAAGCUGUGCUAGGCAGGUGUGUUUUUUUGCUCACACCCAGGAGGAGCUUCGCCCCUUGUAUGUCUCUACUGGAUCUGGUGUUCCCUCUCCAAGGUCAGCUGCCUCGGCAGCUAGUUUCAUGGACAUGGCUGCUGCUUUAAGCCUUUUGCCUGGUUCUCCCACAUCGCACUCUGUUAUGUCUCCUUCUGCAUUCAAUCAGACCCUGUCGCCUACAGCAAAUGGAAUGCCUCAUUCAUCUGCAGCUUGGCCUCAACCAAAUGUUCCAACUCUUCAUCUUCCUGGUAGCAACCUCCAAUCCAGUCGGCUGAGGUCUUCCCUCAGUGCUCGUGAUAUUCCACCGGAGGAUCUGAAUAUGUUACAGGAUUUUGAUGCCCAGCAACUUGUUCUGAAUGACAUGGCAUGUUUUUCACAGUCACAACCCAAUUCUGCUAUGUUGAAUCGUUCGGGUCGGUCCAAGUCAACACUAACUCCUUCCAAUCUUGAGGAGCUUUUUUCAGCUGAGAUUACAUCAUCACCUAGAUUUCCUGAUCAGGCAGUGGCCUCUGGUGUUUUUUCUCCUAGACAUAAAUCAGCCGUUCUCAAUCAGUUUCAACAGCAGCAGAGCAUUUUAUCACCAAUUAAUACUAAUGUUUUUUCUCCAAGAAAUGUAGAACACCCUUUGUUGCAGGCUUCUUUCGGUGUCUCAUCUCCAAGGAUGUCACCGAGAAGCUUGGACACUGUAUCCCCAAUGAGUGCUCGUCUUUCAGCAUUUGCCCAACGUGAGAAGCAGCAGCAACAGAUGCACAGCCUCAGCUCCCGGGAUCUUGGAACUGGCCAUGGCCCCAUUGUUGGGCCGCCCGUUGCUGCUGCUUGGUCUAAGUGGGGAUCCCCCAAUGGAAAAGCUGAUUGGUCUGUUGGUGGGGACGAUCAAAGCUGCCUGAAAAAAUCAUCUACAGUUGAACUCAAUAACGGUGGAAAUGAGCCUGACUUGUCAUGGGUGCAGUCUCUUGUCAAAGAAUCACCACCUGAGAUGAUGGACAAGACUGCAGCUUCCGCUUCUGGUGCUGCACCAUCCGGUGAGUGUUUGAAACCAAAUUCUCAAAUUGAUUCCAUUGAUCAUUCAGUUUUAGGGGCUUGGCUCGAGCAGAUGCAACUCGAUCAGCUGGUCGUCUAGUGUGCACGAAUUCAUUUUCAGUUAGACAGACAAGACUGUAGGAAGUAUAUAAAAUUUUUGGGCUCUUUCUUUUUGCUGGUGGCAAAGGUGCAAUCCAAAAGAGUAGCAGCAAUGGAGUUUGAGAGUUUUAUUUGGUAUAAUGAGUUCAAUUUUCCCCCUCGAAAGGUGUAUUCAACUUAAAUUAUUUAUUGAUUAUUAUUAUAACAUGAGUUUUCAUUUGUUAUCUGGGCUGUUCAAAGAAACCAGUCCCAGUCUGCUCAUCUUUCUUCUUUUGUACUUGGAAGUAAUCUUUCUCUUGUAUUCUCCGGACUAGAUACCUAUAUAUAUAUAUACACACAUAUAUUGCAUUGUAUUGAAUCUUUUAUUUCUAAGUU